AUGAAAUAUUUUGAAUCCGAUGCAACUCUGAAUAUGAGAGAUUUAUCGCCACUAAAAGGACAUAAAGAAAUAUGUGAUUAUGUGAAAGAAGAACAUGCUCAAGUGCCUAUUAUAAAACAUGACAUUAAUUAUGUACAUGUUUUACCUGAUCAAAUUUAUGUACAGAAGGAUUCAACUGGCAUUGCCACAAAUGAUCCUGAACGAAAAGAAAUUACAGCUAAAUUAUUUUGUGUAUUUUGGAAGAAGAUUGAUGAAGACAAAUUAACAUCAUUAGAUAUUUAUUUUGAUGCAUCUCAUCUUCCUGAAAGUAUUCAAAUGUAUAAAUCUAAAUAA